AUGCUUAUACUAAACUUACUUUAUUUAUGCCCAAGUGUAAUGGCGGUGCCAAGUGGAUUUAGAAUUACUAUUCUAACUACUUUAAUUAUUUUCCUUUGUAGCUUCUCUUAAGAUUAUUAUCAACAUCCCCAUUGGUACCCUGCUGACAUUCCAACCUCCAGGAACCCUGCAGAGAAUGCAGGUGGAGAACAGCGCUGUGAAGACACAGUUCUUUCUCUUGGGAUUCAGUGACCACCCAGAACUGCAGAGUGCUCUUUUUGCUGUGUUUGUGUCCGUCUACUCUGUUACCCUGAUGGGCAACCUUGGGAUGAUUUUAUUAAUCACAAUCAGUCUUCACUUGCACACCCCUAUGUACUUUUUUCUCCACAUUUUGUCUUUCAUAGAUGCUUGCUACUUUUCAGUCAUUGCCCCCAAAUUACUUGUGGACUUAAUUUCUGAUAAGAAGACCAUUUCUUACAAUGGCUGUGCUGCACAGUUAUAUUUCUUCUGCUGUUUGGUGGGCACAGAGCCUUUUCUCUUGACGGUCGUGGCUUAUGACCAGUACAUAGCUAUCUGCAACCCCCUGCUUUACACUAUUAUGUCCAAGAGGAUUUGCUGCCAGCUUGCAAUUGGAGCGUUUUUAGGGGGCACCAUGAGCUCAGUGAUUCACACCACUAAUACCUUUCACCUGUCUUUCUGCUCCAGUGAAAUUAACCAUUACUUUUGUGACAUCACCCCUCUCUUCUCUCUGUCCUGCACUGACACCUACAUCCAUGACAUUGUACUGGUGGUCUUUGCUAGUUUAGUGGAAGCCCUAUGCCUUCUAACAGUUCUCUUCUCUUAUAUCCUCAUCAUAGCACCCAUUCUUAAAACAGAAUCUGCUGACAGAAGAAGAAAAGGAUUCUCCACUUGUGCAUCCCAUCUGAUUGUGGUCUCUAUCAACGAUGGUACCCUGAUCUUCAUUUAUUUGCAUCCCAGUGCUUGCCAUUCACUGGAUAUGGAUAAUGUGACCUCUGUGUUCUAUGCAUUCAUUAUACCUAUGCUGAACCGCUUGAUUUACAGUCUGAGGAACAAAGAUGUGAAAAACGCUUUUAGGAAAAUGAUUAGCAGGAAAUUUCUUUCUUAAGAAAGGAUGAAACUGAGGCUGACAACUUUUCUACCCUGUUUCUUGACCUUUAGUUUUAACUAAUGGAAAAGUCAGUUUAGUAUGGGUGUUCCCUAAUUCUACAUGCAAUGAAGCCUCAACUACAAAAUUGGGCCAGAAGCUAAUGUUAGAGCCAGGCCCUGUUACAUAUGUCUAAUUCUUUAUCAUUUUAAGGUUUUUUUUUUUUUUCCACACUCAUUCAUGGUUGGUGGAAGUUUAAAUUAGUCUUCUUUAUGGAAGAUAAUUUGCUAUUAUUUGAAUGAAACAUAUAACUCACCUGGAAUUUGAAAAUUAAAUAUGCAAGUAUCAUUUAAACCAGUAAUUCUAGCAAUUGAACCUGCAAAAGUUUACCACUUUCAAAGUAUUCAUUGCAUCAGAGCUUAUAAUCAGUUCAGUUCAGUUCAUUUGUUUAGUUGUGUACUACU